AUGCCGCUCGUCGUCGCCGCCGCUGCCUCGGCGGUCGCGCCGCCUCCAUCCCGACGAUUGGCUCCGCUCACCUCCAUCCGCACCCCCAGGACUAGAUCCCUAGCCCUAACUGUCGCCCGCUGCUCUCCCUCCCCUUCGGUCCCGGCAGCUGCGGAGGCGCCUGCGCCGCCGCAGGAGGCGAAGCCGAAGCCGCGGCGGUACCCGAAGCAGUACCCCGGCGAGGCGGUGGGCGUCGCCGAGGAGAUGCGGUUCGUCGCCAUGCGGCUCCGCAACCCCAAGCGCACCACCAUCAAGGACGAGCCGGGGGCGGAGGACGCGGACGCGGGGGCGGGGACGGAGGCCUCGGAUGCGUCGGACGACGACGACGACGAUGGCGGCGUGAAGGAGGAGCACGAGAAGGAGGAGGAGGGCGAACUCCAGGAAGGGGAGUGGAUGCCGAGCAUGGAGGGGUUCGUGCGGUACCUGGUGGACAGCAAGCUUGUCUUCGACACCAUCGAGCGGGUCGUCGCCGAGUCCACCGAUGUCGCCUAUGUUUACUUCAGGAAAAGUGGUUUGGAGCGUUCAGCCUGCAUUUCAAAAGAUUUGGAGUGGUUCAAAGAACAAGGGAUUGCAAUUCCAGAGCCGAGUACUGUAGGAUCAACUUAUGCAACUUAUCUGACUGAACUGGCUGAGAGCAAUGCCCCUGCAUUCCUCUCACAUUAUUACAAUAUAUAUUUUGCACAUAUAACUGGAGGUGUGGCAAUAGGCAACAAGAUCAGCAAGAAAAUUCUGGAAGGAAGGGAGCUGGAGUUCUACAAAUGGGACACUGAUGCUGAGCUUCUGCUGAAAGAUGCUAGGGAUAAGCUUAAUGAACUUAGCAAGCACUGGACUCGGAAGGAUAGAAACUUGUGCUUGAAAGAAGCUGCUAAAUGCUUCCAGUACCUGGGAAAGAUGGUCCGGUUAAUCAUCUCAUGAGCCAUUAUGUCUGGUGGAUAAGCCUACUUAGUCUAAUCUCACUGCAUGCAUUAGCGGGUGUACUCUAGAAGUCAGGAAAAGCUAGAGAUCUUAGUAUCAGCGGAGGCUUAGCGCACUUACUUUUGAGAAGGAUAACAUGUCAGAAGUCUGAAGGAUCCUUCGGCGCUAGAUAUGGAAGCUGGUCAGUGAGCACUAUAUGAUGGACGUCCAAAAUCCAAAUGGCAGGCCACCCUGGUUUCUUUUUCGGCGUGCAUGGUAGGGUUGCUCGUUUGACCAGUGAGACGUCCUUCCUACCGCACCUAAGGUUUGUGCAAAGUUGAAAAGGAUUUUCCGUUGUGCGUCGUCAGGGUUGCCUGGGGCCUGGGCAGGCAGUAUGCUGGAUCAUGCCAUCCACGCAGUGAUCGAGCAACGGACUGCCAUGCAUGUUAGUUCUUGGGGGCUGUCGAAGCUUUGUCUCAGCUCCCCGGAUGUUGCGCCUGGAUUACCGUAGCUUCUUAAACUGCUAACAACGAUUCAUCAGUGUGGGAUGUAUAGCUAGCUGUAAACGACAUCCUUGUGUGUCAGCUGUCAAAAUGAGGACUGGAGGAUUUCUCGUUGAGAUAUGCGCAUUUUGAUAUGCCAACGUUCAAAACGA